AUGAAGUCCUUUGGAAUCAUCGCUGCCUCUGCGCUCUUCGGAGCCAUUGCCAACGCUGCACCUCUCAACAAGCGCGAUGUCGUUUGGGUCACUGAGAUCGAGACUGAUGUUGUCACUGUUCCCGUUACUAUGACCGUCUGGGCCGAUGCCGCCGAGGAGACCACUGUUUCGACCACAACCACUGAGAGCAGCUCGGCCGCAACAACUGAGAGCAGACACGGACACAAGUUCUUCCACUCCAAGGCUUCGACCAGCUCUACUCCCGUGGCCAUCGUUUCCACCAGCAGCAGCUCCCCUAUCUUCGUUGCCCCUACUUCAUCGAGCACCGUUGUUUACGUUGCUCCUACUACCUCGACUACUUCUACCUACGUUGCACCCACCACUAGCAGCUCCGAGAUCUAUGUCGCUCCUACCACCACCAGCUCCGAGAUCUACGUUGCUCCUACCACUAGCAGCUCCGAGGUCUAUGUUGCUCCUACCACUAGCAGCUCCGAGGUCUAUGUUGCUCCUACCACUAGCAGCUCCGAGGUCUAUGUUGCUCCUACCACUAGCAGCUCCGAGGUCUAUGUUGCUCCUACCACUAGCAGCACUCAAGUCUACGUUGCUCCCACUACCAGCACUGAAGCCUACGUCGCCCCCACUAUUGCAAGCACUUCGGAAGUCUACGUUGCUCCCACUACCAGCACUACCAGCAGCGCUCCUGCCGCAACCACCAGCGCCUCUUCUGGUUCCGGCUCCAGCAGUGGACUGGCCGCAUCUGGCACUGAGUACACUGGAGACCUGACCUGGUAUGAUGUUGGUCUUGGUGCUUGUGGAUUGACCAGCACCUCAGACGAGGCCAUUGUCGCCAUCUCCCAAGACAUCUUCGACAACGCCCAGUACAAGACCGCCAACCCCAACCUCAANCCCCUUUGCGGCAAGUACGUUACCAUCACUGGCAAGGGCGGCCAAACCUACCAGGCCAAGGUUGUCGACCGCUGUGUUGGCUGUGCCGAGGCAGACCUUGACCUUAGCCAGGGUUUCUUCAACAAGGUUACCAGCAAUGGUGACGGUCGUGUCUCUGGCAUGUCCUGGACAUGGAACUAA